AUGCCUUCCAUCAUUCAAUUCGCAGCUGUAGCUGCAGGCGCCUUGACUCUCGUCGACGGCAAAGCGUGCCCUCCUCUCGGCCCCGUGUACCCAGCGCCUCAAUCCCCCGGCUCAAGUCCCUACAUCAGGACCGCCAACAAAGCUCUCAAAAAAACCCUCGACGCAAAAAUUGCUUCUAAUUUCAACACUUCUGGUGUAUCCAUCGCUGUCAAGUCGAUUCAUGAGGAUGACGCUCUGUUUACGUACAGCUUUACACCACCGAACCCAGGGCUGGGCACGGAUGAGAUUGAUCAGGAUACUAUCUUUCGAAUUGCUUCUGGUUCUAAGCUUUUUACGGCACUGGCGGCGAGAGUUAAUGACAAGAUUGAUCUCAAUGCUUCGGUGUUGAAGUAUCUUCCCAAGCUGAACGAGACCGCUGGGAAUGAUGAAAUUCUGAGCAUGAAGUGGGAGGAUGUUACCGUUGGAUCGCUUGCCAGUCACCUUUCUGGUGUCGGUGUUGAUAUGGCUCAGGAUCUCGGCAUUGUUGGCUCUGAAUCUUGGGCGCCAUUGGGUCUUCCCAAGAUCCCCAAGGGCAAAGGACCCAACUGCUCCGGUCUCCCAGGUACAAUUCCCUGUACCAGUGACGAUCUUCUUGAGCAGGUCAACCUUCGACCUCCUGUCUACAGCCCCUUCACCAACCCCGUCUACUCCAACGUCGGCCAUGCUCUUCUCGGUCUUGUCCUCGAGGCCGUCGAGGACAUGCCCUAUGAAGACAUCAUCAAGCGGGAUAUCCUCGAUGUCGUCGGCAUGAACCACACUUAUGUCGACAAGACUCCUCCUCAGGAGGAUCUGUUUAUUCCUGAGACGGAAUCUACUUGGAACUCUACGCUUGGCGUGUUUGGCUCGGCUGGUGGUAUUUUCUCUUCUGUCUCUGAUAUGCUUCUAUUGGCCGACGGAAUCCUCGCAAACAAGUUCCUGUCUCCUGUCGAGACUCGCAAGUGGAUGAAGCCCGAAGCCAACACCGCGUCUUGGGGAUACCAAGUCGGCGGACCCUGGGAGAUCCUCCGAGGCGACAACAUUACAUGGGAUGGUAGAAUUGUGGACGUGUACUCAAAGUCGGGAGAUCUCGGUCUCUAUCACUCUCAAACUGUCCUGAUUCCCGACUACGACAUCGUCAUCUCCAUCAUGACCGGUGGUCGCGAAGCCACCAAGGACCCCUACGUAACCGCCCAGAUCCUCACCGCCGUCAUCAAAACCCUCGUGCCUCCUAUUGAGAUAGUCGGUAAAUUAGACGCAGCCGAUACCUACGGCGGAACCUUUGAGGACAAGGAGACCAACUCGAGCAUUUCCUUUACGCAAGAUCUCGGUCCUGGCAUGAUGAUCAAGAGCUGGCAGAUGCGCGGCUUUGAUGUUCUCAACCACAUCGGUUCCUACAACUUCAACGCUUUGGAGUCUGGCGCUUCGACUAAGACUGCUUACGUUGACGCAAGAGUUUAUCCUUCCAAUUUGGAGACGAAGGGUCAGAUGGCUUGGCGCGCUGUGUUCGACAAGACUCCCCCCGCGAACAACACUGAAUCCGAGAAGGAGAUUUUCUUCAAGGAUGGAACUUGCCAGACUUGGUUCCAGCAGGAUCGUAUGGUGUACAACUACCUUCCUCUGGACCUUUUUGUCUUUAUGGAUGGUGAGGAUGGUGUUAAGACUGUUAAGAGUCCUGCUUUUAACAUCACUUUAACUAAGGUUGAGACUGUUCCGGAAUAUUAG